CCCAUCCAAUCUUAUCACGUUUUGACUUUCCCAUUCCCAGUAUCACCACAUUUGCACACGCGCUGCAUAAAGCGGCGCCAUCCCGCAACCCAAUCCCCAGAAUAUGCCACGUCACACCUUCUCCCUCAAACCCCAGUCACCCUAUCAUUUCCCCUUCAUCCUCACCAACCCUAGUCUAAGCUAUAUAUAUCCCCAUCCCGUUACCAUCCUUUCUCUCUUUCCUUUUCUCUUUUCUCUCGCUCUCUCAUCCGUUCCGUUCGUUUUUUCGCUCUGCAAAAUUCUCUUCUCAACCAACAAAACCCAGGCCCUCCAAAUUAGGGUUUCUCCCCGGGAAUGUGAUUCACGCGCGGCACGCAGAGCGAACAUCAAUGGCGGAGAAGACAUUCGGCGGCGUGAUAGGGUAUGCGCUGGCGCCGAAGAAGCAGAACAGCUUCAUCCGCGACUCAUUGGUGAGUCUAGCGAAAUCGCGAGGGAUCGAACUCGUUCGCGUGGACUCGGACAAGCCCCUCGCGGAUCAGGGCCCCUUCGAUUGCGUCCUCCACAAGCUCUACGGCGACGAUUGGAAACGCCAACUUCGGGAAUUCCAGUCUCGCUUCCCAAAUGCGGUUAUCCUCGACGCGCCCGAAGCGAUCGAGCGCCUCCACAACCGAAUCUCGAUGCUGCAGGUCGUGUCGGAGCUCCGAAUCCAGGACCGAACUGAGACCUUUGGGAUCCCGAAGCAGAUUGUGAUAUACGACAAGGCCACGCUAAUGGACCCCCAGGCCGGGGAUAGCCUCAAGUUUCCGGUGAUUGCGAAGCCGCUUGUGGCAGACGGCAGUGCCAAGUCGCACAAGAUGGCGCUUGUGUUCACGCGCGACGCGCUCGAUAAGCUGAAGCCCCCGAUCGUGCUGCAGGAGUUUGUCAACCACGGCGGCGUGAUCUUCAAGGUUUACGUGGUGGGCGAGCAUGUGCGGUGCGUGAAGCGCAAGUCCCUACCCGAUGUGUCGGAGGAGAAGACGGUCGGCGUUUCGGAGAACCUUCUGUCGUUUUCGCAGGUCUCCAACCUGGCUAACCACGACGUUGAAAACGACAGCGAUGGCUAUUACCGGCUGAUGCAUUUGGAGGACACCGAGAUGCCCCCAAAUGCCUUUGUCGUCGACAUCGCUAGGGGCCUCAGGCGGGCCCUCAAGUUGAACCUCUUCAAUUUCGACGUCAUAAGGGACGCUCGAUAUGGCAACCGAUACCUCAUCAUUGAUAUCAAUUACUUCCCUGGCUACGCCAAAAUGCCUGGAUAUGAGGCCGUUUUGACCCAGUUUUUCUGCGACGUCAUCUUGAAGAAAGAGCAAGAAGAACAACAGGGGGAGGAUCACGUUCCCGUUUCUACCAAGGACAAUGAGGAAUCUUUUCAGGUUGAAUCCUGUCCGAAUUUUUAUGCCAAACAAGGAGUUUGUUCUCAUCAAUAGUCUUAGGAAGAGAGCCAGUACUUUAUUGUGAUGCUAUUUUCAAGUUGGUAUUAUUUAGGAGAACGUCUUAAAAACAUAAUAUUGAUGUUAUGCUUCAUGGUUAUUUUUUCCUUACUUUAAAGGUCUAAUCAUUAAACUUUCCUCAUCUUACUGAAUUUAGUCCGUAAAAAUUUUGCUGAGAGCAUUUUUACUUCAAUGUUGUAUACCCCAUGACAAGUAAUCUAUUACGAUGACCUCGCUCUUGAACUUAUGACCUCGCCCUUGAAGUUAAGUAUCUAUACUUAUGUGACAUGCAGUUAGAGCUGUCAAAGAGGCCUAUAAUAGGCCCUGGCCCUAGCCCAUGUGGGUUGGGGUCAAAAAAGCC